CAACUUCAGUUUUCAUUUUAUCUUCUUCUUUCCUCCCUCUCUCGCCCCCUUUGAAACCAAACCUAGACACCAUUUUCCCUUUACUUUCUUUCUUCCAAUUUCUUUUCCUUCGAAUUUUCGUUGAAUUCAUCACUAUUGGAUAUUCCCUUCAGUCAAGAAGCUUCUGUGAACAAUCCAGGAAUCAUGUCUAGGGCUUUGGCGCAGUCGAUUAAUGUCCCUGGUCUAGUGGCUGGUCGAAGGCAUGUCAAUAACAACAAGGGAGCAGCUAGAUCAAGAAGGUCUGUCAGAAUGAUGUUUACCACACGAACUGCUUCACCCAGACUGUCCAGUUACUCGGGAUUACGUACUUUGAAUUCUUUGGAUUCAAUGUUGAGACCUGGCCAAGAUUUUCAUUCUAAGGUGCUCACUCAGAUUGGUACUAAUCGAGCUAAGGGUGGUAGAGGUAGUAGAUGUGUUACUAAAGCCAUGUUUGAGCGUUUUACGGAGAAAGCUAUCAAAGUUAUUAUGUUGGCUCAGGAGGAAGCAAGGCGGCUGGGACACAAUUUUGUUGGAACUGAACAGAUUCUAUUGGGUCUUAUUGGUGAAGGAACUGGUAUUGCGGCUAAGGUUUUGAAGUCUAUGGGGAUUAACCUAAAAGAUGCACGUGUCGAGGUAGAGAAGAUAAUUGGAAGGGGCAGUGGUUUUGUCGCUGUUGAGAUUCCGUUUACUCCGCGUGCCAAGAGAGUUUUGGAACUCUCAUUGGAGGAAGCUCGUCAACUUGGUCACAAUUAUAUCGGAUCUGAGCACUUGCUUUUGGGUCUUCUUCGAGAGGGUGAAGGUGUGGCAGCACGUGUUCUUGAAAAUUUGGGUGCCGACCCAACUAAUAUUCGCACCCAGGUUAUUCGCAUGGUUGGUGAGGGUGCUGAUAGUGUUGGGGCUACUGUUGGCUCUGGAAGUAGUAACAAUAAGAUGCCAACUUUGGAGGAGUAUGGCACCAAUUUGACCAAGCUAGCAGAGGAGGGAAAAUUAGAUCCUGUUGUGGGUAGGCAGCCACAAAUUGAACGUGUCACUCAAAUCUUGGGUCGCCGUACCAAAAAUAAUCCUUGUCUUAUUGGGGAACCUGGUGUCGGAAAGACAGCAAUUGCUGAAGGUCUUGCUCAACGGAUUGCAAAUGGUGAUGUCCCCGAAACCAUAGAGGGAAAGAAGGUUAUAACCCUAGAUAUGGGUCUACUUGUAGCUGGAACUAAAUACCGUGGAGAAUUUGAAGAAAGAUUGAAAAAACUAAUGGAGGAAAUCAAACAAAGCGAUGAAAUAAUACUUUUCAUUGAUGAAGUGCACACUCUAAUUGGAGCAGGAGCAGCUGAAGGGGCAAUUGAUGCGGCAAACAUAUUGAAACCAGCUCUUGCUAGAGGUGAACUACAGUGUAUAGGAGCCACAACUCUAGAUGAAUAUAGGAAGCACAUUGAAAAAGAUCCAGCUUUGGAGAGGCGAUUCCAACCUGUUAAAGUGCCAGAGCCAACUGUUCCUGAAACCAUACAAAUACUGAAAGGACUUAGAGAGCGCUAUGAGAUUCACCACAAGCUCCGUUAUACUGAUGAGGCUCUUGUAGCUGCUGCAGAGCUGUCACAUCAAUAUAUUAGCGAUCGAUUUUUGCCUGACAAAGCUAUAGAUUUGAUUGAUGAAGCUGGUUCCCGAGUCCGACUUCAACAUGCACAGUUACCUGAAGAGGCAAGAGGUCUUGAAAAGGAGGUUAGGCAGAUAGUAAAGGAGAAAGAUGAAGCUGUUCGCAACCAAGAAUUUGAAAAGGCUGGAGAGCUAAGGGAUAAAGAAAUGGAUCUCAAGACUCAGAUAUCAGCACUUAUAGAAAAAAACAAGGAGAUGAACAAGGCAGAGAGUGAGGCAGGAGAUGUAGGUGCACUUGUGACUGAAGUUGACAUACAACAUAUUGUCGCCUCCUGGACUGGUAUCCCUGUUGACAAAGUCUCGGUUGACGAAUCUGAUCGUCUUCUCAAGAUGGAAGACACAUUACACAAACGCAUUAUUGGUCAGCAUGAAGCAGUAGAAGCCAUUAGCAGGGCUAUCCGUCGAGCUCGUGUUGGACUUAAGAACCCUAACAGGCCAAUUGCCAGCUUCAUCUUUUCUGGCCCUACUGGUGUGGGGAAGUCUGAGUUGGCCAAGGCACUGGCCUCAUACUACUUUGGAUCUGAAGAAGCCAUGAUUCGUCUUGACAUGAGUGAAUUCAUGGAAAGGCACACAGUCUCCAAACUCAUUGGUUCACCUCCAGGAUAUGUUGGUUAUACUGAGGGUGGUCAACUGACUGAGGCAGUUCGGCGUCGUCCCUACACGGUUGUACUCUUUGAUGAGAUUGAGAAAGCCCAUCCUGAUGUCUUCAACAUGAUGCUUCAAAUCCUGGAAGAUGGGAGGCUAACAGAUAGUAAGGGAAGAACUGUGGACUUCAAGAACACACUUCUUAUAAUGACAUCAAAUGUUGGAAGCAGUGUGAUCGAGAAAGGAGGCCGUCGCAUAGGAUUUGACCUUGACUAUGAUGAGAAGGACAGCAGUUAUAACAGAAUCAAGAGCUUGGUGACCGAAGAGCUGAAACAAUACUUUAGGCCAGAGUUCUUGAAUAGGCUUGAUGAAAUGAUUGUUUUCAGGCAACUCACUAAACUGGAGGUUAAGGAGAUAGCAGAUAUAAUGCUGAAGGAGGUGUUCGAGAGACUGAAAACCAAAGAGAUUGAGCUCUCAGUGACAGAGAGAUUUAGGGAGAGAGUGGUCGACGAAGGUUAUAAUCCUAGUUAUGGGGCCAGGCCUCUAAGACGAGCCAUAAUGCGACUUUUGGAGGACAGCAUGGCUGAAAAGAUGCUUGCUAGGGAGAUUAAAGAGGGCGACUCUGUUAUAGUGGAUGCUGAUUCUGAUGGAAACGUGAUUGUACUCAACGGUAGUACUGGUGCUCCAGAUUCAUUGCCAGAUGCUCUUCCUGUGUAAUAUGGUCAUCUUUGCCAAGUUGUGUACUUGUUUUAAGAGCCAUAGUCUGUUUUGUUGUUGAUGAACAUAAAGCUUUUUAUUUGACUAUUGGUAGUCUAAGGCAAGUUUUGGCCAUAGCCAACAAAGCAAAGUAGAAAAUGGUUGGGGACCUUGGAUCGGCUGCAUAAUUGAACAAUUUCAAUUCUUAAUGAAAGCCCAGCAUUUCAAAGUGAUUUUACAAGUGCUAGGGGUUUGGUGGUCUCACAUUAUGUAUUUCCUAAGGGAGUCUGUAAAAACUAUUUUUAGAUAGUUUA